AUGAAUACGGAAACUCUUGUUCCUACUACAGCAGCAGAGAACGAAUCUGAAGGUUCACAAAAGAAAGUCAGUCGCCGAGUGACAAGAGCAUGUGAUUUCUGCAGACGACGAAAAGUGAAAUGUGCCUUUCAAGAGGGACAAGUGUGCUUCAAUUGCCAGGCAUACAACGAGACCUGCCAAUUCACAAAAGUUGUUAGGAAGCGAGGACCACAGAAAGGUUACGCAGAUGACUUGGAGGAGCGCAUACAGCAGAUGGAGGCCGUCAUUCAGGAAGCAUCAAAGCAAAAGAAGCGAAAGAACAUGGACGCACUCAUCACCCCCGAAAUCCAAAAGAAUAAACUGCUAGUGCAACGUAGAUUUCGAUCCAAAAACCAGCCCAACACUGACCCGCCUGGAUUGCUGUCCAACAUAUUUGAGGAAUACGCUGUGCUGGACCCUCGCAACUGGCCCUCGGGGGUCGCCUAUGACAGCAUACAUUAUUUGGGAGAUUUAUCCGCCUUGCAAUUCUUGUCGAAAAAGAUCAACACAUGCAACAAGCAGAAAUGGCAACAGCAUUAUAUCAAGAAGUUUGGCAAUGACACUGUGCUUGUGGCAGAUCCAGGGCUCAGUAAUCCCACAUCAAGCAAGAUUCCAGACUUUCAAUGGCCAGAGGACAUUCAUUCAAAGCAAGAGGAUAUCCACAAAUACAUUUAUACCGUCACUGGACUGGAUAGAUAUACGUCUGUUCGACUAUUAAAGAUUUACUUCUCACAUAUUCACCCCAUUCUACCCGUCAUUGACAAGACCGAGUUUAUCAAGCAGUAUCGAGAUAGAGUGGAGACAUAUCCCUCGGGGGAACUGCUGAAUGCCAUGUUUGGUGCUGCUGCUCGAUUCGUCGAAUGCGAAAGUGUCGAGCCAGAGAGAAAGCGAACCCUGCCUUCAGAUGCUGUCUGGGAUGUUCCUGUAGGAUGGUCCAACAAGUUUUUCGAUCAAGCCGAGUACAUUAUAUCCAAAUGGCCGACGAACCCCACCAUCUCUAAUGUCCAGGCCAUCAUUCUCAUCUUGAAUCAUCGUGGCGAUCGUGAUUCAAAGUCAUCUGCUUGCUGGCAACUGGGUGGAUUUGCGAUCAGAAUGGCUCAGCUACUUGGUUUGCAUCGAAACUGCGACGACUGGGAUAUUCCUGGAAACGAAAAAGAGACAAGGAAGAGAGUGUGGUGGGCACUAUACAUUACAGAUCGAUUUCAGACUGCCAUCUUGGGGAGACCCAUCAAUCUGAGAGACGAGGACAUCAAUGUGCCGUAUCCUGACGCUGGGGCAGAUAUUGAGGAAGUGAUGGAUGCAUAUGAAGCAGAUCGGUCAAAAAUCCAGUGCAACCAAGUCUUCCCUCGAUUCCCCUCACUUACUACGCCUUACGAUAUCACAUCAAACAACAAUCGCCGCCCUCAGAUAUAUGAGCUCUUUAUUCAAUUUAUAAAGUUAUCCGAGAUCCUGGGACGCAUUUUGACUGGGUUACAUACGCCCACGGCACGAAAAUACAGCUCUGAGCAUGGCAGUUAUGGCCUCGUUACUCGGCUUGAUUUUGAGCUGACUGAAUGGAGAUACGCGUUUCCUACCUCUCUCAAAAACAUCAAUCUGCCCGAUUACAAUGAGGACGAUGGUCAUUUUGCACCUGCCAUUGCAUCGGUACUGCUAUUUUACUUUAGCACAUUGAUUCUACUGCAUCAACCUUUCAUCCGACGAACAGCAUCUCGAUCAUCCAACACAUCACAACAGAUUUGCACCAGUGCUGCCACGCGUGGUAUGCGUAUUGCUUCUCGAUUAUCGGCAAGGAACUUUCUAAUGUGCCCGUAUUCAUUCACGCUCUAUCCCAUCAUGCAAUUUGGCAUCAUCCACAUGUACAAUGGCAAAAAUUCAGACCCCAACGUCUCACAAGUGGCGAAACAGUACCUGAAAAGAGGUACAGAACUAUUGCAGCGCCUACAGCACAUGUCCAAGACUGCAAGCCGGAUGCAUCUUGUAUUCAAGAGUAUCACAGAGAAUGCAGACUUGCACGCUGCCGAAGAUGACAAUGUGGAAAGAAAUCUAGCGGAAGAAGAGAAUCACCUUGAAGAGAAUAUCAGGAGGAUCAAAGCAAGAGAAAAGAACAAAGCAGCCGAAAGACCAUCCAUGAAGCGUAUCAUGGAUUCAGUCAUGCUACAAAAGCCAUCAUCCUACUACUACCAACAAGCACUCAUUCACACUCCCACUGCUUCCACCAGUCAGCCCUCAGCAGCAGCAGCAGCAGCAGCAGCAGCAGCAGCAGCAAUGCCGCCCAUCGAUGCUACUGAAGAGGCAUUUACAUUGACACAGUUUGGAUUUGAUACGACCAACGACACAAGCGCACUGGAUUACAUUCUGCAAAAUGUCACUAGUUUAUCUGGCUUUACAGAAAGUAUCAAUGCGUGUUCAAAUCCCUUAUCUCCACUGCCACAGCAGCAACAACAAGACGCAUCCAAUACGACAUCACACAUACCAGCGCAACAACAACAACAACGACAACGACAGCAGCAGCAGCAACCAUUAUCGACAAAUCAAGAGCAAACAAAUAUAUUUAGAAAUGAUCCAAACAAUGUAUUUUGGGAUCUACCCGCGGCUUUCGAUUGGGAUCAAUUGAGUCAAUGGGUCAAUGAUAACGUGUAA